GAAGCAAAAUUAAAUGAUAAAGGUAAUCAUAAUUAAAUACUCUUAAGCUAAGGCUUUGCAUUAAUAUAAAAUUGAAGCAUUACUUCAAGGAAAAAGUAUAUCUUUAUUUAAUAAUUUAGCAAAACCAAAACAUUAAAUUGAAUUGGAAUAAGAAAUAGAAUUAGAAUUAGAAUCUUAAAAAUAUUUUGAUUAAGCAUUAUUAACAAAGCCUAAUUAAAUUUAAGCACUUACAGGAAAAGGUAAGAAAAUAUUAUUAGUAUUGUAGGACUUUGUAUAAAUACUUUUUAAAAGUAAAAUGAUGCUGAAGUUAUUAUUAAUAAAGCCUUAUCUUUGCCUUCUAUUUUAAGUAAUAAUGAUAAACAAUCUGAUAUUUAUUCAGCAAAAGGUAUUUUCUUUAUAUAAUUUAGGUGAUAUUUUAUUAAAUCAAUAAAAAUAUGCCGAAGCCAAUAGUUUUUAUGAUAAAGCACUAGAAUUAGAUACAAAUCAUCUUCAAAGCUUAUUUGGAAAAGGUAUAAAUUUCAAAAGAAAAAAGGUUAAUAUUUUAGAUUAAUUGAAAAUUAUGAUGAAGCAAUAGAAUGGUAUGAUAAAGUAAUAAAAAUUAAACCAAAUCAUAUAAAUUCUAUUUGGGGAAAAGGUUAAUAAUAAUAUAUAUUUCAGGCGAAUCCUUGAGAAUGCAAGAUAAAUUCAGAAAAGCUAUUAUGUAUUUUGAUAGGGCUCUCAAAUAUCAUCCUAAGCAUUUCUUAUCACUUUAUGGCAAAGGUAUCUUCAUUAAUAUUAUAUUAAAGGAGAAGCACUAAGAAUGCUCAAAUAUAACUAUGAUGCUUCUGUUGAAUAUAAACAAGCUCUUGAAUUAUAACCUAAUCACAUUAAAGGAUUAUUUGGGUAUGGAGAAGUGCUAAAAUUAAUGAAAAAAUAUUAAUAAUCAUUGUUGUGUUACAAGAAAAUCCUUGAAAUUGAUUAAGGCAAUAUGGAAGCGGUGCAGUUGAAAUGUAAAACUAUAAAAUAAAUAAUUUAAGAUGAGGUAGAACAUUGUAUUGCAUAAAUGUAAUAAAAAGAAUAAAUCAAUACAUUGAGAAAGUAAGAUCUCUAAAGCAACAGUAAAUUUUUUGAUGGUCUUUAAAAUAAUACUUAAAAUUUUAGAAAAAAACUGUGAAGG